CCUCGGAAUCCGGCCGGGAUAAGGGCGGGGGAGGAGCCUGCUCCGGGACGCUUAUAAGCCGUGCUUUCUGCCCCACCCUCCUCCUCCGGACACAGCGGGGAGUGCGUGGCUCUUGUGAGUCUGGCGGCAGCGGCAGCAGCAGCAGCCGCAGCCACAGCAGCGAGUCGGUGGCGGCCAUGGUGCUGUGCCCGGUGAUCCGGAAGCUCGUCAGCAAGCGCGUGGUGCUGGCCAGUGCCUCGCCCCGGAGACAGGAGAUCCUGAGCAGCGCCGGCCUGCGAUUUGAGGUAGUGCCAUCCAGAUUUAAAGAGACUCUGGACAAGGCUUCAUUUUCUGUACCUUAUGAGUAUGCCAUGGAAACAGCAAAACAAAAGGCCCUUGAAGUGGCUAACAGGAUGAAUGUGAAAGACUUUAGACCUCCAGACGUUGUUAUAGGAGCAGACACUAUUGUGACGGUGGAUGGACUAAUCCUGGAGAAGCCAACCGAUAAGCAAGAUGCCUAUAACAUGCUGUCAAGGUUAAAUGGAAAAGUACACAGUGUAUUUACUGGAGUAACCAUCGUUCAUUGCAGCAGUAAAGGUAAUCAGCUAGAAACAGAAGUCUUUAAAUUCUAUGAGGAAACCAAAGUUAAAUUUUCUGACCUGUCGGAGGAGCUUUUAUGGGAAUACAUUCAUAGUGGAGAACCAAUGGACAAAGCUGGUGGCUAUGGCAUACAGGCCCUUGGGGGCAUGUUAGUGGAGUAUGUUCAUGGAGACUUUUUGAAUGUGGUAGGGUUCCCACUGAACCACUUUUGCAAAAAGUUGGUGGAAUUGUAUUAUCCACCCCCUAAAGAUGCCAUACAUCAUGUAAAGCAUGACUCAAUCCCUUCAGUAGAAACCUUUGAAGUUCUAAGUGAUGAAGAACUUGGCAGUUCAACUCAACGAAAUUCGAACGUCAAGCUACAAGGUGACAAUGCAUUCUCUUCUGGAGCUCCUGGGAGCCUAGGAAAGAAAGAAAUACACCAAGACACGAUGGGAGAGCCUGUGGUGAAAUGCAGUGGGGACAUGGAAAGCCUGACUAAAUUUCCAUCUACUCUUGUAGAGCUUUUGGAUGGUUUUAAAGCUUCAAAGGCAAUGUUUGUGGCCUGUAAGCUAAAGGUGUUUGAUCUGCUCAAAGGCAAAGCCCAUCUGAAGGCCAAAGAUGUUGCUGACCACAUCAGUGCAUCUGUGUGUGGGACCGAGAGAUUACUUGAUUCCUGCACAGCCCUUCAAUUAUUAAAGAAAACCAACCAAGGUUACAGUAACACAGGAUUGGCUGAGAAGUACUUGGUGUCUGACAGUGAAUAUUCUCUGCAUGGCUAUAUCAUGCAUGCUAAUGAUCAUGUUUGGCCACUGUUCACACAUCUGGAAUCUGCUGUCAAAGAGGGAACAAAUCAGAACCAUCGAGCUUUUGGAAAGAAUGUUCAGGACUUAUUUCAGGACUCCUAUUAUCACAGCAUGGAGACAAAACUGCGUUUCAUGAAUGCCAUGCAUAGCAUCAUGAAGCUGACUGCAAGGGAUGUGGCAACUGCUUUUGAUCUGUCAAGAUUUCGCUCAGCCUGUGAUUUGGGAGGCUGUACGGGAACUUUGGCCCAAGUGCUAAUACAAGAAUACCCAAAUCUAAAAGUGACUGUAUUUGACCUUCCUGAUGUCAUUGAAAAUGUUUCUGGUUUUCAACCUACUGGACAAGACACCAGUCGAAUAACUUUCACAUCAGGUGACUUUUUCAAAGAUAACAUCCCUGAAGCUGAUCUUUACAUUCUUUCAAGAGUUCUUCAUGACUGGCCAGAUGACAAGAUUGAUGCAUUAUUAAGUAAAAUUUCAGAUCUUUGCACACCAGGCUGUGCCUUGCUAGUAGCUGAAAUUGUACUUGGUGAAGAAAAGAUAGACCCUUCACGAGCUGUGCUGCAGUCCCUUAGUAUCACGGAAGGCAAGCAGAGGAGUAGCUCAGAAUACAGACAGUUAUUGGAAAAAUAUGGAUUCACCCAAGUGCAAACUAAGAUAACAGGAAACUUUUUGGAUGCUAUUUUGGGAUUAAAAAAAACCACAUAUACAGUGAAUUAAGCAGUUUGGGAUUUUGAAGUUCAACUAUUUUCAUAACACUGAUACCAUAAAUAAAGCUUAGUCAUCUAGGGAAAAGUCUUGAUCUCAUCACUUGGAGUCCUCUCAGACUCUUCCUGUACCUAAACCUUUCAAACACUGUGGUCCUACUUGUGGAUGGCUGUAAUGACUGAUCUGUGGGUAUGCACGCAAAUAUUCUCACCCAUACCAACUUAAGCCAUAGAAUAGAUGCAAAGUUUUAGACUCCUUAACCCCAGUUGCCUUAUCCUCUCUUUGCAUUCAAAACAGGCACUGGACUCAUCUUUGAGACUGCAGGACUGCACCCCUGAUCAGAUUAUAAAUGAAGAAGUGUUCUGUUCUAUGGGCACAUUUCUAGGCAUGCUUAUGACAAGUUUUUUGGAAGGCCUGGAUUUUUUUUUUUCCUUGUAUUUCUGUAUGUUACAUGUUUUGUGUGUAUUCUUGAAACUUUAGCCCAUUUUUUUGUUUUGUUUUGUUUUGUUUUUUUGGGCUGGCCAAGUAAUUCUGUUACCUCUUUACAAUUUAGGGAAUAUGAAAUUACAGGCAAAUUUUGCCUGAUUUUUCAGAAGUUGUUUUGAAUAUCACUGCAAGUUUCUAUUUUUCCACUUGACUGUGAAAUGCCAUUUUGGAACUUAAAACAAACAUGCACUUAGUUUCAAGAAUUUUUGAAUCUUGAAGUCAAACCAUUUUCAAAGCACUAAUGUACCAUAGCUCUGACUUCAUCUCACCUACUUCUGUUCAGAUAGAUAAAGUGAACUGAGAAGGUUAACACAGAGUUAGAUUUUGAAUGAGUGCAUCAGUGACUGUUAAUCCUGAAUGCUAGCCAAAGGAUAAUGAGUGGAAGAAAGUAAAAUUGCCUUUGUUUCAAUAAAAGCUUUCAUAGACAUUAAUGCAUGUAUAGUUUUGUGUCUUUUUGUGUUACCAUUUGCCAUCCACUGUUGAAUCAUAGGAUCAUAGUUGACCAUAGCUGUGAUAGCUGAUCAUUGUACCAUCAGGUCCAAUCCCCUCUUUGUGCAGAUGAGGGAAUGAACUCUCAGAGAAGUUAUGACUUGCUCAAGGUUACAGAGUAAAUGUCAGAAUGGAGGUUGAACUUAGGUCUUCUGGACUCUUAAAUGCACCAGUCUAUCUCUGUUAUGCCAUGCUACCUCUCAGAAGAACAGUUUCACUCCAGCGGGAGUUCAGGUCUUCCUGGGCGUAUCUAUUUCAAUUCUAUUCUUUUGCUUGUCACCUUUUUACAACUCUGUUCCUAUGAAUCAUAUUCUGACUUUACCUUUUCUGUAUCCUUCAGUCACUUGUCAUGGCUGAUAUGAGUCAAAAGUAUAAUGUCAAGACCUUGCCAUGGUGGACUCCUUGUAAUUUUUAAGAUGAUUUCAAUUUUUCAACACUUGUCUUGCAUUUUCAA